GCUCGUGCUCGCACCACGUGACUGACUUCCGCCUGGAGUUUUCGCGACAGCUGGAGAGCGGUUGUGCCGCGGGAGUAUAAGGGUCGAAUUUCUAUACACUUUAAUUACUGCUACAUCCUUUUAAAAUGGGCGAUAAGAAGAGUCCGACAAGGCCAAAGAGACACUGCAAGCCGCCGUCAGACGAAGGCUGCUGGGACUGUAGCGUCUGCACUUUCAGGAACACCGCCGAGGCGUUCAAGUGCAUGAUGUGCGACGUUAGGAAGGGCACAUCCACACGGAAACCUCGUGCCGUUUCGCAGCUUGUGGCUCAGCAAGUACCUCCGCAGUUUGCUUCACCCACACAACCCAAAAAAGAGAAGAAGGAAAAGACGGAGAAGGACAAAAACGACAGGGAGCCAGCAAUGAAAAAGAACAGCCACAAAAAGAUGAGGCCAAGGUUAAAAAAUGUUGACAGAAGCAGUGCACAGCACUUGGAAGUCACAGUGGGAGACCUGACAGUCAUCAUCACAGACUUUAAGGAGAAAGCAAAGCCCUUAUCCUCCUCCACAAGCUCAUCCUCCUCCACAGCCACGUCAGCAGACCUGCGCAGCCAAAGUGGAUCCAGCUCGGAUAACACUGAAAGAGCAGUCUCCAGGUCAUCUUCUCCUCGGGGUGAAGGCUCAUCAGUCAACGGAGAAGCACACUAGCCUCUGAUAAGCCCGACAUUUUACUGAAGGUCAAAGAUUUUCCCGCACAUAUCCCCACUCCUUUUUUGACUGGACUGGAUGGGGCUUGGAGUUUCCCCACUAACAGUCACUGCACUAAGAUCAUAGGAAGGUCACAGCUGAGUAGCAAGAUGUUAUAAUACUGCCCAUGUAAAGCAACCAUCAGUGUGAUUUAGGAAUAUAUUGUUUUAGGGACUGUUUAUUCUAAUUAACAUCUCAUCCUUUCUAAACUCAUGGAACAACUUGCUGGCUCAGAGACAGUUACUGAUGUGUGUUCUGGAAGUAAAGAGAAUGUACCAAGUGGUACUUUAUGAGCUCUCUCUCACCUAACUGGUAAUUUAAAAAAAAAAAAAAAAAAAAGAAAGAAAGAAACUGGAUGAGAUUCAGGGUCAGUGGUCUUGGAUCCAGGAAAACACAAACAUUUGGACUGAGUUUGAGAUCCACUAAUAGAGUAUACGGCCAUAAUAUUGUGAUGUUUAACAUUAUUGGUAUUGUUCUUUCUUUAAUGAGGAAUAUUUUGGUAUGAGUUUCACAAAAGUGGAAAGUUUACAGAACAUAAAUGUGAAGAGUUUUAAGCAGGGAUGCAUCAGUACUGAUACUGGUAUUGGGUAACGGUUUGAUACCAUGCUCAUUUACUUAGACUUGUAAAAAUGCUCCAGUAUCUGCAUCCAAUACCAUGUGAUACUAUGGGAUGGAAGCCUAGUGUACGUUGCCAUGCUAAUGAACAGAGAAUAUGAAAAGAUAAUUAUCUGGACUUAUUUCAUGAUUUAAUGCUUAAAGCAAAACAGACUACAAAUGGUGCUCUGUAAAAAUAUCAAAACAACAGCAUCUUCCUUCAGUACAAGUAACCUGAUAAAAUAUGCUGUGUCAUUUAAGCAGUGUGCAAAUGUAGCCAACCUGUGCACACGGAGCAGCGUCAGCAAGCGUGAUCAUUAAAAAUACCCGCAGGGUACAGUGGAUUGCACACACAACGAUAUUCGCAAGCGUGGAGCAGUGAAGCGAGCAUGCAGAGAAACUGACACACAUGAGAGCACUUCAGUUCUGCGAGCACUGAGACAUGCACACUUCCUUCCCCUCGCUCGCCAAGUUUUACACCAUGCUUGCAAGUCAUUCACAAUUAACAGCACCUUGCCCUCAUUUUUAAUGACCGUUCUGGCUGAUACUAAUCUGCGUGCACAGGUCCGACGCCCUCUAUUAAAGAUAUUUAAACAUAAAACUCGCCACAAGAAGUUAAUUUCCAGCAGCAACCAACAUGAAUAGAACUAAAUAAAAUAAUCCAUGAUGCCCCUGAUUGAUUAAUACUAAGUGGGUUACUCAUUUUGAUAUCAGUUAUUGCUAUGACCACGAGUACCAAAAACAUGCACUCGUAUGCGGUUUGAAAAAAAAAAUGGUAUUGAUGCAUCCCUAGUUUUAAUUAAUGACUUGUGGUUAUAAAUGAUUGGACACAGUACCUGGAGUUGUUUUCAUGUUUUGAGAAAGUUGUUUGCUAGUUACUUUAUCAAAUGACAGCCACAGAGUUUUAUAAAUUUUGUUAUACUGCUUCUCACUUUACUACACUGCACAUGUGUAAGCUGUGUUCAGUGAUUAUAAAAGGUCGUAAAAUGAGAACUCCUUCACAGGGCCUACUGUUGUUGAUCAGCUUGUAAACCUUGAGGUGUUAAGGGAUUUUCCAUCAUUGUGUUCUGUAUGUCCAUCAUCAGCAUUUGUCUUUAAAAUACAAUUAUAGACAGAUAUAUAAAGCAGGUGUGCAUUCUUGCAUUCAUGCUGGAUGUUGCUGAAAAGGGUUGGAGUGUCCUUUUUUUUAUAGGCACUGCACUGUGUGUUAACCCCAGACCAUUUUACUCAUGUUCCCCAAAACUCACACUUUUGCAAUAUGAACUUAAAAGCAAUUUUUUUUUUUUAGAUAAUUAUAUUGGUUAGACUGCUUGAUAGGAAACUGUAGAUCUAUUUUCCAUGUUUCUUGUGUCUGUAAAGAAGCAGUUUGAAUUUAAAGUGCUUAGAUUAUUUUUAUUAUUAUUUUUUUUCAAGAAAAGCCAUGUUUCUCAUAAAGGAUUAAGUAUAUGAAAUCCUUUAUACAUUUCGCAUAAAGGAUUUAUAAAGAAUCUCAAGUAAUUAAAAUUUACUGUGGUUCUUCUUGGUUAAGGUUUAUAUUGCAUUUCCAAAUAAAAGACAAACUAUUCUAAAGUA